UCACCUUGCUGGAGCCGCUGGCUCUAUUUUAAGGCAGACGCGCAUGGCUCAGCACCUGUUCUCCGCUGUCCGGGAAGCAGAGUUUGACAGCUCUCUUCCAGUGUGAUCUUUGCCUGGGUUUAGUGUCUGUUUGUUCCCCUUUCCUUUGCUCCUCGCUGUGGCUGGGGGAGCCAGGUUGACUCCCUGCCCCCUUUCAAGAAACACACACACACACAAACCCUCCUUUUAAACUUUGUGUUUCUUCUGGAUUAAAAGGCGCCUCCGGGUGCGGAGCCAGAUCUGAGAGAGACUCUGUGUGUGGCUGAGGGUUUGUUUGCUAUGGCUGAAGCAGGACGUCCUGAGAACCCCAGCGAAGAGUCUGCAGCGGAUGAGUUCAGUGAUAUCAUCAGGAGCAGAUCUGAUGAAAGGGAAGAUGUUCAAAAGAAAACAUUCACAAAGUGGGUAAAUGCACAGUUUGCUAAGUUUGGGAGGCACUAUAUUGAAGACCUUUUUAAUGAUUUUCGAGAUGGACGAAGACUUCUGGAGCUCCUUGAAGGUUUUACAGGCCAAAAACUUGCAAAAGAAAAGGGCUCCACAAGAGUUCAUGCUCUGAACAAUGUCAACAAAGCACUGCAGGUCUUGCAGAAAAAUAACGUUGAUUUGGUGAAUAUUGGAAGCACAGACAUAGUGGAUGGAAAUCAUAAACUGACCCUUGGAUUGAUCUGGAGUAUAAUUCUCCAUUGGCAGGUCAAAGAUGUAAUGAAAAACAUCAUGGCUGGGUUGCAACAGACAAACAGUGAAAAGAUCUUACUGAGCUGGGUCCGCCAGUCAACUCGCAAUUACCCGCAGGUCAAUGUUAUCAAUUUCACCACUAGCUGGUCUGAUGGAUUGGCUUUCAACGCACUCAUCCACAGUCACAGACCAGAUCUGUUUGAUUGGAACAGUGUGGCUUGCCAACAGUCAGCUGUACAACGGUUAGACCAUGCCUUCAACACUGCAAAACGGAACCUGGGUAUUGAGAAACUCCUUGAUCCUGAAGAUAUUGCAACUGCCUAUCCAGAUAAGAAGUCAAUCUUAAUGUACGUGACAUCACUCUUCCAAGUUCUACCCCAGCAAGUCACCAUUGAAGCCAUCCAGGAAGUGGAAACAUUGCCACGGCAAUCAAAGGUCACUAGAGAAGAACACAUACAAUUACGUCAUCAACAACGCUUCUCUGAACAGAUCACAGUCAGUGUAGCACAAGGUCGCGUGCACACCCCUUCUCCUCCUCCUAAACCUCGCUUCAAAAGCUAUGCGUACACACAAGCUGCUUAUGUCAUGUCCCCUGACCAAAAAGGGAGGCAGUUCCCUCCACAGUAUUUGGACACUCCUGAAGACAGGUCAUUUGGCAGUUCCCUGAUGGAGGUAGAAGUGGACCUGGACAGCUACCAAACAGCUUUAGAAGAAGUACUCACAUGGCUUCUCUCUACUGAAGAUGCAUUACAAGCACAAGGAGAUAUAUCCAGUGAUGUAGAAGAAGUCAAAGAGCAGUUUCACACCCACGAGGGCUUUAUGAUGGAAUUAACAGCUCACCAGGGUCGUGUUGGUAAUGUUUUGCAAGUGGGGAGUCAACUUAUAACAGUUGGGAAGCUUUCAGAUGAUGAAGAAAAUGAAAUCCAAGAACAAAUGAAUCUGCUUAAUUCUCGUUGGGAAAGUCUCAGGGUAGCCAGCAUGGAAAAACAAAGCAACUUACAUAAAAUUCUCAUGGACCUGCAGAAUCAGCAACUAACACAGUUAUCUAACUGGCUAGCAAAAACUGAAGAAAGAACAAAGAAAAUUGAGUCAGAGCCCCUGGGCCCUGAUCUAGAAGAUUUAAAACAUCAAGUAGAAGAACACAAGGCACUUCAAGAAGACUUGGAACAGGAACAAGUCAGGGUGAAUUCCCUUACUCAUAUGGUAGUUGUGGUGGAUGAAAGUGGUGGAGAUAAAGCUACUGCUGCACUAGAAGAACAACUUCAGGAUCUGGGAGAUCGGUGGGCAGCCAUUUGUAGAUGGACAGAGGAUCGCUGGGUCCUUCUGCAGGAUAUUCUUCGGAAGUGGCAGCAAUUUGCUGAGGAGCAGUGCCUUUUCGAUUCAUGGCUUACAGAGAAAGAGGAUGCAGUGAGCAGGAUUCAUACAACUGGCUUUAAAGAUCAGAAUGAAAUGCUUGCCAGUCUGCGAAAGUUGGCUAUCCUAAAAGGAGAUCUAGAAAUGAAGAGACAAACAAUGGGUAAACUGAGCUCGCUCAUGCAGGACCUCCUGUCAGCAGUAAAGAAUAAAGCAGUGGCUCAAAAGCUGGACGGUCGGCUGGAAAACUUUGCCCAGCGUUGGGAUAGGCUUGUGCAGAAGCUGGAGAGCAAUUCUAAGCAGAUUUCACAGGCUGUCACCGCCACUCAGACAUCACUAACACAGACAACUGUAAUGGAAACUGUAACUAUGGUGACCACCAGAGAACAAAUCCUGGUUAAGCAUGCUAAAGAAGAACUCCCACCACCUCCACCACACAAGAAGAGGCAGAUCCUAGUGGAUUCAGAAAUUAGGAAGAGGUUUGAUGUCGAUACAACAGAACUACACAGUUGGAUGACCCGCUCAGAAGCUGUACUUCAGAGCCCCGAGUUUGCAAUAUAUAGAAAAGAAGGCAACCUGUCAGACCUCAGAGAAAGAGUCAAUGCCAUCGAGCGAGAAAAGUCUGAGAAGUACAGGAAACUGCAAGACACCAGCAGAUCAGCGGAGGCCUUGGUGGAACAGAUGGUGAAUGAGGGUCUUAAUGCUGACAACAUCAAACAAGCCUCAGAGCAGUUGAACAGUCGCUGGAUUGAGUUCUGUCAUUUGCUGAGUGAGAGACUGGCGUGGCUGGAGUACCAAAAUAACAUCAUUGCCUUCUACUCCCAGCUGCAGCAACUGGAACAGACAGCAAUUACUGCUGAAAACUGGCUGAAAGCACAACCUACACCAGCAGCAGAUCCUGCUACAGUAAAAAUACAGUUGGAAAAGUGCAAGGAUGAAGUCUCCCAUUUGUCAGCCCUUCAGCCUAAAAUUGUGCAGCUAAAGCUUCAAAGUAAAGCACUGAAAGAAAAAGAGCAAGGGCCAAUGUUCCUUGAUGCAGACCUUGUAGCUUUUACUAACCACUUCAAACAAGUUUUUGCUGAUGUACAGGCCAGAGAGAAACAGCUACAGACCAAUUUUGACAGUUUGCCUCCUGCACGCUAUAAGGAGACAAUGAACACUAUCCUUUUGUGGAUCCAGCAGUCAGAGACCAAACUCUCCAUACCUCAGGUUAUUGUCACUGAAUAUGAGAUCAUGGAGCAGAGACUCAGGGAACUAAAGGCUUUGCAAAGUUCUCUACAGGAGCAACGAAAUGGCCUAAACUAUCUUAGCACAACUGUGGAAGAGAUGUCCAGAAAAGCCCCUGCAGAGGUCAGCCAGAAAUAUCGAUCUGAAAUUGAGGGGAUCCUUAGCCGCUGGAAGAAGUUAUCAGCUCAGCUGGUAGACCGUUGCCAAAAACUUGAGGACCUGAUGACUAAGCUCCAGCAAUUUCAGAGUGACACUAAAACCCUGAAGAAAUGGAUGGCUGAAGUGGAUGCUUUUCUGAAGGAAGAGUGGCCUGCCCUCGGUGACUCAGAAGCGCUGGAAAAACAGCUUGAACAAUGUACAGCCUUAGUAAAUGAUAUCCAGACAAUCCAGCCCAGUUUGAACAGUAUUAAUGAGGUUGGGAAGAAAAUGAAGAAUGAAGCAGAGCCAGAAUUUGCUUCCAGAAUACAGACAGAACUAAAAGAACUCAAUGCUCAAUGGGAACACAUUUGCCAACAGGCCUAUGCUAAGAAGGCAGCACUAAAAGGUGGUUUGGAUAAGACUGUUAGUCUUCGAAAGGAUUUGUCAGAGAUGCAUGAAUGGAUAACACAAGCUGAAGAAGAAUACCUGGAGAGGGAUUUUGAGUAUAAAACACCCGAUGAAUUACAGAAAGCAGUUGAGGAACUGAAGAGAGCAAAAGAGGAGGCCACACAGAAAGAGGUGAAGGUGAAGCUACUCACAGACUCUGUGAAUAAUUUUAUAGCAAGAGCUCCACCUGCAGCUCACGAAGCCUUAGAAAAGGAACUUGACAUAUUAAUUACAAACUACCAGCGGCUCUGCAGCAGGUUAAAUGGAAAGUGCAAAACUCUGGAGGAGGUAUGGUCAUGUUGGCGUGAGUUAUUGUCCUACUUGGAUGCAGAAGAUAAAUGGUUGAAUGAGAUGGAGCUGAAACUCAAGGCAACUGAAAAUAUCCAAGGAGGUGCAGAAGAGAUCUCAGAGGCAUUAGAUUCUCUGGAAAGUUUAAUGCAACAUCCAGAAGAUAACCGCAAUCAGAUUCGGGAGCUGGCACAGACUUUAACUGAUGGUGGAGUCUUGGAUGAAUUGAUCAAUGAAAAACUGGAGAAAUUCAGUACUCGAUGGGAAGAGCUGCAACAGGAGGCUAUGAGAAGACAAAAGGCUCUUGAACAGAGUAUCCAGUCUGCCCAGGAAAUUGACAAAACCCUUCGCUUGAUCCAAGAGUCUCUUGCCUUCAUUGACAGACAAUUAACAGCCUACAUUGCAGAGAGAGUUGAUGCUGCACAAGUCCCUCAGGAAGCACAAAAAAUACAAUCUGAUUUGACAAGCCAUGAGAUCAGUUUGGAAGAAAUGAAAAAACGAAGCCAGGGUAAGGAUGCUGCCAAAAGAGUUUUCUCCCAAAUUGAUGUUGCACAGAAAAAACUACAAGACGUCUCCAUGAAGUUCCGCUUGUUCCAGAAGCCAGCCAAUUUUGAGCAGCGUCUACAGGAAUGUAAAAGAAUUUUAGAUGAAGUAAAAUUGCAGGUGCCCAAGUUGGAGAUGAAGAGCAUAGAGCAGGAGGUAGUGCAGUCACAGUUGGAUCAUUGCAUGAAAUUGUAUAAAAGCUUGAGUGAGGUGAAGUCUGAAGUGGAAACAGUGAUAAAAACUGGACGUCAGAUUGUUCAGAAACAACAGACAGAGAACCCCAAAGAACUGGAUGAAAGACUUACAGCUUUGAAAUUGCAGUAUAAUGAACUGGGUGCUCUGGUGACAGAAAAAAAACAAGAGUUAGAGAAAUGUUUGAAAUUGUCCCGGAAGCUACGAAAGGAAAUGAAUGCUCUGACAGAGUGGCUGGCCGUGACAGAUGCAGAAUUGACAAAGAGAUCGGCGGUGGAGGGAAUGCCUACUAAUUUGGAUGCUGAAGUUGCCUGGGGCAAGGCAACACAGAAGGAGAUUGAAAAACGCCAGCUCCAUCUAAAGAGCAUCAGUGAUCUAGGAGAGGGUUUGAGGACAGUGCUUAAGGAAAAAGAAGGUCUAGUGGAUGAUAAGCUCAGCCUCCUGAAAAGUAACUGGAUAGCAGUAACUUCACGAGCUGAGGAGUGGUUCAACCUAUUGUUGGAAUAUCAAAAGCAAAUUGAGACAUUUGAUCAGAAUGUAGCUAACAUCACAACCUGGAUGUAUCGUUCUGAAAUAUUAUUGGAUGAAUCUGAAAAACAAAAAUCUCAGCAAAAAGAGGAAGCUCUUAAGCGCUUAAAGGCUGAGCUGAAUGAUAUGCGUCCAAAGGUGGACUCUGUGCGUGACCAGGCAGUAGACUUGAUGACAAACCGUGGAGAUCACUGCAGGAAAGUAAUAGAGCCUAAAAUGUCAGAGCUCAACCAGCGAUUUGCAGCUAUAUCACAAAGAAUUAAGAGUGGAAAGCCCUUCGUUCCUUUGAAGGAAUUGGAGCAGUUUAACUUUGAUAUACAAAAAUUGCUUGAACCACUGGAGGCUGAAAUUCAGCAAGGGGUGAAUCUGAAAGAGGAAGACUUCAAUAAAGAUAUGAGUGAAGACAAUGAGGGUACUGUAAAAGAAUUGCUGCAAAGGGGAGACACUCUACAGCAAAACAUCACAGAUGAGAGAAAACGAGAGGAAAUAAAGAUAAAGCAACAGCUGUUGCAGACUAAACAUAAUGCUCUCAAGGAUUUGAGGUCUCAAAGAAGAAAAAAGGCUUUAGAGAUUUCUCAUCAGUGGUAUCAGUACAAGAGGCAGGCUGAUGACCUAUUGAAAUGGUUGGAUGACAUUGAGAAAAAGUUAGCCAGUCUACCAGACACCAAAGAUGAACAGAAGCUAAAGGAAAUUGAUGGAGAAUUGGAGAAGAAGAAAGAAGAUCUGAAUGCAGUGCACAGGCAAGCUGAUCGCUUGUCUAUGAAUGGGGCUGCAAAAGCAGUGGAGCCAACCCUGAUACAGCUCAGCAAGCGCUGGCGAGAUAUUGAGAGCAAAUUUGCUCAGUUUCGAAGACUCAACUAUGCACAAAUUCAAACAGUUUAUGAAGAGACAACAGAUGUGGUGACUGAAGGUAUGACUGUGGAAACUACUUACGUGCCUUCUGCAUACCUGGCAGAGAUCCUUCGACUCCUGCAAGCCUUGUCUGAAGUGGAAGACCUCCUUAACUCUCCUGAUCUGCAGGGUAGGGACUGUGAGGAUCUCUUCAAACAAGAAGAGUGUCUCAAGAAAGUUAAAGAUAGCCUGGGGAGAUUCUCAGGUCAGAUUGAGGUUAUUCGCAGCAAGAAGACAUCAGCUUUGCAAAGUGCCACACCUGGGGAAGCUGCAAAGAUACAGGAAAAGCUGACUCAGCUUAAUUUCCAAUGGGAAAAAAUUAACAAGAUGUACAGGGACCGACAGGCACGCUUUGACAGAGCUGUGAAGAAGUGGCAGUGUUUCCACCAUGACAUGAAGGAUUUUAGUCAGUGGCUAACUGACGCAGAACAGAAUCUGGCUAGAGCACAGACAGGUACCAGGGACCCGGAUCAAGCCAAAAUUAAGCAGUACCUCAAGGAGCUCCAUGAUGGCAUCGGACGACAGCAAAUUGUUAUCAGAACAUUAAAUAUAACUGGUGAAGAAAUUAUUGAGCAGUCAUUAACAACAGAUGCUAAUGUACUAAGGGAAAAGCUGGGUAGCCUGAAUUUUCGGUGGGAGGAAGUCUGCAGGCAGCUGGCAGAGAGAAGAAAGAGGCUGGAGGAAGAAAAAAAUAUUUUGUCAGAAUUGCAAGAAGAUUUAAAUGAGUUCAUUUUAUGGUUAGAGGAAGCAGACAGCAUUGUUGGUAUUCCUCUUGAACUGGGAAAUGAGCAACAGUUAAAAGACUCUCUUGAAAAAGUGAAGUUAAGAGUGGAAGAGCUACCUCCACACAAGGGAAUAUUGAAACGAUUAACUGAAACUGGAGGAAUAGCACUUGGAAGUACAUCACUGAACCCAGAAGAAAAACAUAAGCUUGAAAAUAGGCUCAAGGAGGCUAACCAUCGCUGGAUAAAGGUAUCCAAAGAUCUACCGGAGAAAGAAAAAGAAAUUGAGCAUCUGCUAAAUAAUUUCACCCAGUUUGAACAACAGUUAAGUCAGCUGAUAUUGUGGGUAUCUCCCAUCAAGGAUCAAUUAGAACUUUACAACCAAGUGGGCCAACUAGGAACUUUUGAUAUUAAGGAAACUGAAGCAGCAGUCCAAGCUAAACAGCCGGAUGUGGAAGGGGUUUUGUCUAAAGGGCAUCAUUUAUAUAAGGAAAAACCAGCCACUCAUCCAGUAAAGAGAAAAUUAGAAGACUUGAGAGCUGACUGGACGACAGUAAACCAUUUAAUUCAAGCGCUAAAGGGAAAGCCAGCUUCAGGAGCACCGGGACUUACCCCUUCUGGUUUCCAAACUUCUGGUCAAACUGUUACUGUGGUUACACAAACCGUGGUAACCAAGGAAACCACCAUCUCCAAAGUAGAAAUGCCAUCUUCCUUGCUUCUGGAGGUGCCAGCUCUGGCUGACUUUAAUAAGGCCUGGGCAGAACUCACUGACUGGCUUUCUUUACUGGAUCGAGUGAUAAAAUCCCAGAUAGUGACAGUGGGUGAUCUUGAUGACAUCAACGACAUGAUCAUCAAACAAAAGGCAGCACUACAGGAAUUGGAGCAAAGGCAUCCCCAACUGGAGGAGCUAAUAACUGCGGCACAGAAUCUAAAAAACAAGACCAGCAAUCAAGAGGCCAGAACAAUCAUUACUGAUAGCAUUGAAAAGAUCCAGAGCCAGUGGGACGAAGUACAGGGACACCUUCAAAGCCGCAGGCAACAGCUACAUGAAAUGUUAAAGGAUUCAACACAAUGGUUGGAAGCCAAACAAGAAGCUGAGCAGGUUCUAGAACGGGCCAAAGUCAAGCUUGAGUCAUGGAAGGAAAUUUCUUACACUGUGGAAGCUCUGAAAAAGCAGAACACCGAACUUAAGCAAUUUUCAAAAGAGCUGCGGCAGUGGCAAAUACAUGUGGAUGUGGCGAAUGACAUGGCACUUAAGCUUCUCCGUGAUUAUUCAACAGAUGACACCAGAAAAGUAGAACUGAUGACAGAUAACAUUAAUACCAGUUGGGCUACCAUUAAUAAGAGGGUUAGUGAGCGAGAAGCUGAACUGGAAGCAGCUCUAAGGCUGCUGCAACAGUUCUACCUGGAUCUGGAAAAGUUCCUUGCCUGGCUUACAGAAGCAGAGACAACUGCCAAUGUCCUGCAGGAUGCUACACACAAGGAAAGGAUACUAGAGGACACGAAAGAGGUUCGGGAGCUCAUGAAACAGUGGCAGGACCUCCAGACAGAGACUGAAGCUCAUACUGACAUCUUCCAUAACCUGGAUGAAAAUGGACAGAAAAUCCUGAGAUCCUUGGAAGGCUCUGAUGAUGCAGCAUUGUUGCAGAGACGCCUGGAUAACAUGAACUUCAGAUGGAGUGAGCUUAGGAAAAAAUCUCUAAACAUUAGAUCCCAUUUAGAAGCCAGUUCUGACCAGUGGAAGCGUCUACACCUCUCUCUUCAGGAACUCCUUGCAUGGCUUCAGCUGAAGGAUGAUGAGUUAAAGCAGCAAGCACCUAUUGGUGGGGAUCUUCCCACGGUGCAGAAGCAGAAUGAUACACACAGGGCCUUCAAGAGGGAGUUGAAAACUAAAGAACCUGUUAUCAUGAGUGCACUUGAAACAGUACGAGUGUUCCUGGCAGAACAGCCUCUGGAGGGUCUGGAGAAGCUCUACCAGGAGCCUAGAGAGCUGUCUCCUGAAGAAAGGGCCCAGAAUGUCACCAAACUCCUCCGAAGACAGGCAGAUGAGGUCAAAACUGAAUGGGAUAAACUGAACCUGCAUUCUGCUGACUGGCAAAAGAAAAUAGACGAGGCUCUUGAAAGACUGCAGGAGCUCCAGGAGGCAAUGGAUGAACUGGACCUGAAGUUGCGCCAGGCUGAAGUGACCAAGGGUUCCUGGCAGCCAGUGGGAGAUCUGCUAAUUGACUCUCUGCAGGAUUACCUAGAAAAAGUCAAGGUUUACCGAGCAGAAAUUGCACCCAUUAAAGAAAAUGUGAAUCAUGUCAAUGACCUUGCUCACCAGUUCACCUCCUCUGAUAUGCAGCUUUCUCCAUAUAAUCUCAACUGCCUGGAAGACCUGAACACAAGGUGGAAGCUUCUACAGGUGGCCAUUGAUGAGCGCAUCAGACAGUUGCAUGAAGCCCACAGGGAUUUUGGCCCUACAUCUCAGCACUUCCUUUCCACUUCUGUCCAGGGUCCCUGGGAGAGGGCAAUCUCACCAAACAAAGUGCCCUACUAUAUCAACCAUGAGACACAAACGACCUGCUGGGAUCAUCCUAAAAUGACUGAGCUGUACCAGUCUUUAGCUGACCUGAACAAUGUCAGAUUCUCGGCUUACAGAACUGCCAUGAAACUACGAAGACUGCAGAAAGCCCUCUGCUUGGAUUUACUGAGUCUGUCUGCCGCAUGUGAUGCCUUGGACCAGCACAACCUCAAACAGAAUGACCAGUCGAUGGAUAUCCUUCAGAUCAUUAACUGCUUGACCACCAUUUAUGAUCGACUGGAACAAGAGCACAAUAACCUGGUCAACGUCCCGCUCUGUGUGGACAUGUGCCUCAACUGGCUGUUGAAUGUCUAUGACACGGGUCGAACAGGAAGGAUCCGUGUCUUAUCUUUUAAAACUGGUGUAGUUUCCCUGUGUAAAGCACAUUUGGAAGAUAAGUACAGAUAUCUAUUCAAGCAGGUAGCAAGUUCCACUGGAUUCUGUGACCAGCGCCGACUGGGCCUUCUCCUACAUGACUCCAUCCAGAUCCCACGGCAGCUGGGCGAAGUUGCAUCGUUUGGUGGCAGUAACAUUGAACCUAGUGUUAGGAGCUGCUUCCAGUUUGCCAAUAACAAGCCAGAAAUUGAAGCAGCCCUGUUCUUGGAUUGGAUGAGGCUGGAACCACAGUCCAUGGUAUGGCUGCCAGUGUUGCACAGGGUGGCUGCUGCUGAAACUGCCAAACACCAAGCUAAGUGUAACAUCUGUAAGGAGUGUCCCAUUAUUGGAUUCAGGUACAGAAGCUUAAAGCACUUUAACUAUGACAUCUGCCAAAGCUGUUUCUUUUCUGGCCGAGUGGCAAAAGGCCAUAAAAUGCACUAUCCAAUGGUGGAGUACUGCACACCGACAACUUCAGGAGAAGAUGUCCGCGACUUUGCCAAGGUACUGAAAAAUAAAUUCCGAACAAAACGGUAUUUUGCAAAGCACCCAAGAAUGGGCUAUCUGCCUGUGCAAACUGUCUUGGAGGGAGACAACAUGGAAACUCCUGUUACUCUGAUCAACUUCUGGCCAGUAGAUUCUGCGCCUGCCUCGUCCCCUCAGCUUUCACAUGAUGAUACUCAUUCACGCAUUGAGCAUUAUGCUAGCAGGCUAGCAGAAAUGGAGAACAGCAAUGGAUCUUACCUAAAUGACAGUAUUUCUCCUAAUGAGAGCAUAGAUGAUGAACAUUUGUUAAUCCAGCACUACUGCCAAAGUUUGAACCAGGAAUCCCCACUGAGCCAGCCUCGCAGUCCUGCCCAGAUUCUGAUUUCCCUGGAGAGUGAAGAAAGAGGCGAGCUAGAGAGAAUCCUAGCAGAUCUGGAGGAAGAAAACAGAAACCUGCAGGCUGAAUAUGACCGACUGAAGCAACAGCAUGAUAACAAAGGACUUUCUCCACUGCCAUCCCCACCUGAGAUGAUGCCCAUCUCCCCCCAAAGUCCCCGUGAUGCUGAGCUCAUUGCAGAAGCCAAGCUGCUUCGACAGCACAAGGGCCGCCUGGAAGCCAGGAUGCAGAUUCUGGAGGAUCACAACAAGCAGCUGGAGUCACAGCUGCACAGGCUGAGGCAGCUGCUGGAACAGCCCCAGGCAGAUUCCAAGGUGAAUGGUACAACACUGUCUUCUCCUUCUACCUCCUUACAGAGGUCAGAUAGCAGUCAGCCAAUGCUUCUCCGCGUAGUCGGCAGCCAGACUUCAGAAACCAUGGGCGAGGAUGACCUGCUGAGCCCUCCCCAGGACACAAGCACAGGGUUGGAGGAGGUGAUGGAACAGCUUAACAAUUCCUUCCCAAGUACAAGAGGAAGAAAUGCCCCCGGAAAGCCAGUAAGAGAGGCCACAAUGUAGAGAGCCUUUUCCACAUGGCAGAUGACUUGGGCAGAGCAAUGGAAACCUUAGUUACAGUGAUGACUGAUGACAAGGCAUUAGAAUAGCAAGAUGUGUUUUACAACUUCAGGCGUCCCGCAUGGUUUUUAUAAAAUUCAUACAACAAAGAGGAUUAGACUGUAAGAGUUUACAAGAAAACAAAUCUAUAUUUUUGUGAAGAGUAGUGGUACUAUACUGUAGAUUUCAGUAGUUUCCUAAGUCUGUUAUUGUUUUGUUAACAAUGGCAGGUUUUACACGUCUAUGCAAUUGUACAAAAAUUAUAAGAAAACAACAUGUAAAAUCUUGAUAGCUAAAUAACUUGCCAUUUCUUUAUAUGGAACGCAUUUCGGGUUGUUUAAAAACAUUUAUAACAGUUAUAAAGAGAGAUUGUAAACUAAAGUGUGCUUUAUAAAAAAAAUUGUUUAUAGAAACCCCCUUUAAAAAAAACAAACAAAAAAAUGGAGGCAAUGCAUUUAUUUAGUAUCAUUUCAGCUCUGUAACUGUACCAGAGAUGUAUUCAUGUUCUGUGUUCUUUUCCCUGCUUAUCAGAGAAAGUCUUUUCUGCAGCAACACCAAAACAACUGACUUACCUUUCACGUUGUUUUUUGUCUAAGGUUGGCUUAAAAAAAAAUCUUCCUAACUUCCAACUGAGGUAGUUUUUCCACCUCUUUCCAGAUAAAAUUAAGGAUUACAUUAAUCAUCCAGCUAGUCUGCAAUAAUGAAAUGAAAGAGCACAUUACAUGACAAUGCUCUCUUCAGAGCUUGCAAAACUAAAUUGUAAAUCGAAUUAAUAUCCUAUACUCCAGCUGUUUCUUCUGCCGACUAAAAUCCUGAAUGUUAUAGUAAAGAAACAUAGGAAUUGCCUUACCGGAUUAAACCUUUGGACCUUAUUGUCCGGUAUCCUGCCUCUGGCAGCGGCCAGCACAUGAUGCUUCAGCAGAAGUUUGAUAUGCUUCCUCCCCACCCAUAAUGCCAUCUUUCUGAGAUGCUGUAGGUGGAGGGAAGGAGAUUCCUUACUGACCCCCUGCUGGUGAUCAGCUUCUGCCUAGAAGCACGAAGUGAUUGUUCAUAUAUCAUCAUAGAUUGCAUAGCUACCAGUGUUAUUAAUUAUCAUAAAGUUACCCAAUAUUUGUGUGGGGGAGGGGGGGGUGUGACACAUCCACAAUAUCUAUCUCAACCCCUUGUGGCAGCAAGUUCCAAGGAGUCACAGAGUUUAAAGCUUUGGGGGGCAGUGUAAAAAAUUACUACUGUUUCUGUAUGAUAAGCAGUUGAAGGUGCCACACUGUUCCAUGAAAUGUUCAUCAGCAAAACAAGGUUCUUCCCAUCCCCGUCCCCUCAAUAUUUGUUCUUCCCCAUUUUUUUCUGCAAGUAAUACCGCACAAUUCACAAUGACUUGGGAGAGGGAGAACAGAAAAUAGAUUAAACGGUUCAACAGCAACUCAUUAGGGUAGGUUGGGGUGUGAGGUGCUGUUAGCAAAAGCUUUACCAUUUCAUUUUCUUGUAUCAGCUUUUAAUUUCCUUUUAAAACACACAGAAAUACACCAUCAGACUUACAUUACUUUGCAAGGGUAAAAAUCUGUUACCUCUUCUUGUACGAAGUGUAAUUAAAAGUUGAGAGAGAGUUUAUUUUAUUUUGAAUGCUAGUUAACAUUGAACAUGGCUAGUCAUGCUAUUUCUACCUCACUUUGGUUUUGUGGUGUUCCUGACAAUUACGUACAGAUGUUACAUUGUCACCACUUGUCCAUUGUGUGAACCGGUCUCAUCAUUUAAUACUAAUACCUUAAAAGAAAUCCAGAUCACUUUCAUGAUAAUGAGUUGUUUAAAUGCUUUAUUUACAGUGGGUACCCUGUUUACUUCUGACUGCCUUUCUUCAGGAAAGUUCAAAUCAAGAUAUAAGGGAAUGGAUUUGUUUUUCUUUCUUUCUUUUGUGCUUGUAAGUUAAACCUCUUUAAAAAAUCAGAGGUAAAAGGCUUGCACGAUUGUUUUCAUCAGGGUUUUAUUUUGGUUGGUUUUUAUUUUCUAGACAUUAGUUUUGGAGUGAGUCUGUUAAAAAUAUUUUAAAAAUUGAGAGCUUUAUUGCUGCUUUUUUAGCAUAAUUUGGGAAUUAUUUCAUGUUCCUUAUAACCACAAAGUAUUAAACUGUAAAACAUAAUCAUUGUAAUUGACUACAUAAAUAUCAUAUGGCAUGUUAUUUCAUUGUUACUCGGUACUGGUUUAUUACUUGGGUAUCAUAAAAUAUUGUGUUUUAACACCAACACUGUAACAUUUACUAAUUUUUUUAUAAACUUCAGUUUUACUGCAUUUUUCACAACAUAUCAAAUUUCACCAAAUAUAUGCCUUACUAUUGUAUUAUAUACUGCUUUACUGUGUAUAUCAAUAAAGCACGCAAUUAUGUUAUUAA